GCUUAAGAAGCGGUGUGGGAACGUGCGCUAAAUUAAGGAAAACUAACUAAGCUUUGGUUUUCAGUCUAGAGCAAAUGCAAUCAUUGGCGUCUACUUCUGGCCACAACCUUCAAAAGCUGUCAAGGCCCUGCAAUUCCUCUUCAUGCUAAGCAAAAUUUGGCUUUGCUAUCAGUGAUUACGCGGCUAGGCAAUUGCGAGGGUGUACCUAUUGCAUUUCACUGCACUUCGGCAACCGGAGUGCCUGCCGAGCCCAAACCAUUAACCAUAAUACGCCUCUGUAAGACGCAACCAUGAAGGAGGCCUCCAGCUCCAGCAGCGCCCCCUGCCAGCUUCCGCCUCUGGACAAGGUGUACGAGCAGUACGGCGGGCGCGGUCCCGAGGCGCAGGAGCUGCAGCAGUGGCUGAGCAAGCUGGGCAGCCGCGUGGCGGCGGUGGUUGCGGAGGGCGGCAUGGGCAAGACCUGCUUGGCGGUGGACGUGGCUUGGCGGCUGUGGCGGGGCAGCCACGCCACCGCCGGGGUGCUGUACGUGGACUGCCGCGGGGCGUUCAGCCGGGACGCGCUGCUGCUCAAGCUGCGGGCGGCGGCGGGCGUCACCAGCAGCCAGGGCGACACGGAGGCGCUGGCGGCCGCGCUGGCCAAGCUGUGCGACGGCGACCCGGCGGGCGGGCGGCUGCUGGUGCUGGUGGACAACGCGGAGGACCCCGCGGCGGCGGACGGCGGCGCGGCGCUGGCGGAGGUGCUGGCGGCGCUGCUCAUGUGCCACAGCCGAGUGCAGCUGCUGCUGACGUCGCGGGGGGAGGUGCACGUGCAGCACAUGCCGCCGCCGCACACGCACCGCAUCCAGCCGCUGGGACCCGGCACCGCUGCCGAGCUGGUGUUGCGGCUGGCGCAGGGCGUGCUGAGCGGGCAGGAGGCCGGCGGGGUGGCGGAGGCGUGCGGCUGCGUGCCCCUGGCGCUGCGGCUGGUGUCGGAGGCGCUGGUGGCGGGGCGGCUGACGCUGGAGGACGUGCAGCAGGCGGUGGCGGAGCGGGCGGCGGCGGGAGACGACGGCAGCAACAGCAGCAGUGACCCCACACUCAUGUUCGUGGAGAUGGUUCUUCGGUCGCUGCACGCGGGUGUGAAGAAGGUGGCGCUGCAGGUGGCCGCCUUCACGGGCUCCUUCACGGCCGCCUCCGCCUGCAGCCUGCUGGGCGGCGACAGCGCCUCGCUGCACGAGGUGCGCGCGCAUCUGGCCAGCCUGCACCGCUACAGCGUGCUGCUGCAGCACGGGGACGACAGCUUCGCCAUGCACAUGCACGUGCGCGGGGUGGCGCGAUCCCUGCUGCAGCAGGAGGCGCCCGCGCAGCUGCAGCGGGGCGUGCGGGAGCGCUUCGCGCGCUACGUGGCUGCGCUGCUGGCCCGCUGGCAGCGGCUGCACGCGGACGGCGCGCUGAAGCUGAUGGUGGCGGAGGUGGCGGAGAACUGGGCGGACGUGGAGCAGUUCCUGGCAGACGUGGCGGGGGCCGAGGAGGAGGGAGCGGCAGGCGCCCGGCCGCUGCUCCCCGGCAGCAGUCCGCUGGCGCUGAGCCCCCAGCUGCUCCGUGAGACGCAGCUGCUGGCCACCCUCAGCCACGGCGACUUCCUGUACGCGGUGGGCAAGACAUGGAUGAGCCCCACCUACCUGGCCCUCACGCAGCGGCUGGUGGAGGUGACGCAGGCGCCCCUGCAGCAGGCGGAGGCGGGCGGCCGGGAGCCGGAGCGGGAGGAGCGGCUGGCGGCCGCGGCGGCGCUGCUGGUGCGCUGCGAGGCGCUCAUGUACGGCGGCGAGUACUGCGAGUCGGCGGAGCUGGCGCAGCGGGCGGUGGGGCUGGCGGAGGUGGCUGGGGGGCGGGGCAGUGUGGAGUGCGCGGCCGCGCUGCACCUUGCGGCCAGCUGCCUGCAGGGUCAGGGGCGGGGCGCGGAGGCGGUGCCGCUGUUCCGCGAGGCGCUGGCUGCGCGGCGGGAGCUGCUGGGGCCUGCGCACCCGCUGACCACCGCCACACUCACGCACCUGGCCAUGCAGCUGUCGGCGGAGGGGCAGCACGAGGAGGCGGAGGGGAUGUACAGGCAGGUGUACGAGGCUCACCAGGGCAGUGUGGGCGCCUCGCACAACCUGACCGCGCAGGCCGCGUCAAACCUGGCCGGCUGCCUGCACGAGCAGGGCCGGCUGGCGGAGGCAGAGGCGCUGUUCCGCGCCGCGCUGGCCGCCUACCGCGACAGUGUGGGGUCGGGGCACCGGCAGGUGGCGUUCGCGCUGGUGGGGCUAGCGGCGGUGGUGCGGGAGCGGGGGCAGCGCGAGGCGGCGGAGGAGC